UGAGAGAGGGAAGCUUUGGACAACGAGUUUUCUCCCGUGUCGUGCGUGAUAUAUAGUUUGUCUACGGCGUUCACAAUGAGGAUUUGCAUGCGCAGUCAGAGUUACUCGUCGCUCGUGGUGGCUAGUAUGGUAGUGUGUACGGCGGCGUUCCAGACGUCCGUCGUUUCGGUCCGCCGUCAUUCGCCGCUGUCUUCGACGAUUGACGGUGUGGAUCGGAGCGAAGCGGUAGCCAAGUUGGAACGCGCCGCGGAGCUAUCGGACUUUCUCGCGCAAGCCUACGAAGACAAGGUCAAGGCCAUCGAGACGGUGGAGAAGCAGAAUCAAGCCGAGAUCGACGCCUUGAAAGCGCAGAUCGAAUCGCUCCAGUCGCAGUCCAGCGGAGCAGCGUCCAAGCCCAGCGCUCCGCCCAAGAUCACCGGAGAUCUCGCCAAACUAUCCAACGAUGACUUGAAGAAGAAACUUCAGGAGUACGAAGAGUUCAUGGCCAAAACUAUGGCCGAUGCCGAUCCCUCCAUCAAGGCCGCGAUACAGAAGAAGCAAGCCGAAGCCGCACAACAGCAGCAACAACAACAACAACAGUCGUCCACCACUACCACAGCGACUGCUGGAGCGACUACCAGUGGCACUGGUGGUGUCUUGGGUACCGAGGAUCUGCUUUCGGUGGGUGCCGUUUCGGCACUCACCGCCGUCGCGACUUCGGUCAUUCUCGACAACACGCGUCGCCAGAGUUUUGGUAGUAUCGUGGCCGGUGUCAGUGCGCCUCUCGUCGCCGGAAAUUCGGCACCCGAACCCACAGAAACUCCAGCUCCAGCUCCCGCAACCGUCGCUCCCCCGGCACCCGUGGUGGUCGAUUUGUCCCAGUUUGAGACCACCAUGGCCAAAGUACAACAAGCCUUUCCCGGAGCCGCCACCAACGACCAGCUCGUGGCCAAGACCAAAAGUGCACUCUCUCGAUUUGGAUUCGGUUCCAAUUCACUAGUCGCUACUUCCUUUUGCAGCGACGAAGUCAACCGUCCCCUCGAGACAGACUUUGCCAAGGAAUUCAAGGACACCUUCAGUCUCGGAGGCCUCGCCGGGUUCCCCUUUUCGGGAGUCACCGGGUUCGGUGCCAUGGCCAAACACAUACCCGACGGUGGCUCCUGCCUCGUCGUCUACGGACCCCACGUCGGAGUCGAUCUAGACGGCAACGUCGGAACCGUCAACCGACGAGGCCGCGAAAAGGGAGGAACUUGCUGCGGCAGCGCCGUCGCCGCCGCCGGGUACAUCAGCAAAGUUUUCAAUGGCGAAGCCGAUCCGGCUCCCGCCGUCCCGGAAAGUUCCAUGGACGCCCAACAACUCUACGUCGGAAACAUGCUCCUGCCCUACGCCGAACGCAUCGGUAACGCCCAGGACGCCAUGGUCGAACUACCCUACGCUACCUACGAACCCCUCGACGAUCUUAUGCAGAAGAUUGUGGCCAAGGGAUGCGGCAAGGUCGGCGGCGACGGUAAAAUUGCCCUGCUCGGAGGCUUGCAAAUUAAUACCCCUGCCGGGUGCCCCGACUACUUUUUGCCCUUGCGCUUCGAAGUCCGGGACAAUCAAAACAACGUUCUGGACAAUCUACUGUACGAAAAGCGAGCGUUGUUCUAACUGUGAGCAAACGAGCCCAGUGUGUUUAUCGUUUACGAUUGGACCGCCCUUGGUCCAUAGUCCGUAGUUCCCGGCGCGUGGGAUGGGCGAUUGACGACUCUGGAUGGUCCCCUCGCUCAAUCCCACGGCCGGAGUAUAACAGUUCCCUCUAUUUCACUCGUAGUGUGCUUUGCUAGAGU